GCACAUCCUGUCUAUAUACGGCGGCGGUGCUCUUCUCCAGGACGCUAGGGGGCGCUAAACAUCGCUAAUCUUGUUUGGCGCGCUUUGCCACGAGGAAGACGCCGCGUCAUCAAGAUGGCGUCGUGGUUCGUUGAAGUUUGGUGUGUUUCCUGAUGCCCUCUCAUGAUGACCACUGAGCCUGCCAGCGUGGAGAGCCUUUGUGUGCUUUUUCAGAGCGACGACUACAUAGUGGUGGACAAGCACUGGGACAUCCGCAUUGACAGCAAGAUGUGGUAUGAAACAUACACGCUCCAAGCACAACUUCGACAUCGCUUCCCUCACCUGGCGGACCCCAGCACAUUUUACGGAUUCAGGUUCUGUCACCAGUUAGAUUUCUCCACCAGUGGCGUCCUCUGUGUUGCCCUCAACAAAGCUGCUGCUGGCCAGGCAUACCGCCGCUUCAAGGAUCGCACUGUCACCAAGGCCUAUGUUGCUCUGAUCCGUGGCUGGGUGGAAAAAGAGACACAAACUCUGGACUUUUCCAUUGGCAAGAACACCUCAGAGGGCAAAACACAUAUGAUGUGUAUUGAGGGAACAGACGGUUGUGAGAAUGCCAAAACCUGCCAGACUGAGCUGACCGUGUUAGAGUAUGGCCUUUAUGAUGGAGAUCCUGUCACCAAGGUCCUGCUACAGCCUCUCACAGGCCGAACCCACCAGUUGAGGGUCCACUGCAGCGCCGUAGGACACCCUAUUGUCGGGGACUUCACCUACAGCUCAGGAGCAGACCACGCCCCGUUCCGCAUGAUGCUGCACGCCCACCUCCUCCACAUCCCCCUGGAGCCACAACCCCUGCUUGUGUGUGCGAGAGACCCCUUCCUGCCAUCCGUGGACCUCAGGUGGCUCCCGCAGCGCACCUUACGGCCCCUGAAAGCCACCGUUGACGCCCUACUGGAGCACAGGCUGGAGGAGCAGAGACAAGCUAAAGAGCAGGAGAGACAGCGAGAAGCCAGACAGAAGGAGAGGAGGAGAAACCACAGCAGGAAACAGGAGAGUGAGGAGCAGAGGAGGCAGUGUGAGGAGUGGCUAAAAGAAAGAUCUGGAGAAUAAGUCAAGAUGAAUUAGUCAUCUUUGUGACCCAAAUGAUGACAAACUGUAUAGAAAAUGGAUGGAUAUUAAGCAUUGAUAUAUUCUAUUUGUUAUUUAUUGUUGUGCAUGUUGAAUCCAGGCUUCACGGUGGCAGAGGGGUUAGUGCGUCUGUCUCACAAUACCAAGGUCCUGAGUAGUCUGGGGUUCAAUCCCGGGCUCGGGAUCUUUCUGUGUGGAGUUUGCAUGUUCUCCCCGUGAAUGCAUGGGUUCCCUGCGGGUACUCCGGCUUCAAAGACAUGCACCUGGGGAUAGGCCCCUCCCACCUCCAAAGACAUGCACCUGGGGAUAGGCCCCUCCCACCUCCAAAGACAUGUACCUGGGGAUAGGCCCCUCCCACCUCCAAAGACAUGCACCUGGGGAUAGGCCCCUCCCACCUCCAAAGACAUGCACCUGGGGAUAGGCCCCUGCCACCUCCAAAGACAUGUACCUGGGGAUAGGCCCCUCCCACCUCCAAAGACAUGCACCUGGGGAUAGGUUGAUUGGCAACACUAAAUGGUCCCUAGUGUGUGAAUGUUGUCUGUCUAUCUGUGUUGGCCCUGUAAUGAGGUGGCGACUUGUCCAUGGUGUAACCCGCCUUCCGCCCGAUUGUAGUUGAGAUAGGAACCAGCGCCCCCCGCAACCCCAAAGGGAAUAAGCGGUAGAAAAUGGAUGGAUGUUAAAUCCAAAAAGUGAACUUUUUCCAGCACUUUGUGAUGUGCAAAGACAUUUCCAGUCCAGAACAUUUGCCAAAAGCACGCUGCCGUCCUGUUUUGCCUGUGUUACUAUUUUAUGAGAAAUACACGACACUGCGGUGCUGUCGUUAAGCCAUGAAGUCUUAACAUAUACAGUAAGUCCAUUUACUUGAAAUUUCUCACACAGUUCAGUGUGCACUUGAGUGUACUAAACACAAACUGUACAUGCAUGGGCUUCAGCACUCAUUGACCAUUGGUUUAAAGAUUAUGAAUGCAGCUGAGACAGGGUCAAGCGUUAGAAAAUGGAUGGAUGGAUGGACAUUUACAAACUCUGUUUCCAUAUGAGUUGGAAAAUUGUGUUAGAUGUAAAUAUAAAAAGAAUACAAUGAUUUGCAAAUAAUUUUCAACCCAUAUUCAAUUGAAUACGCUACAAAGACAACAUAUUUGAUGUUCAAACUCAUAGACUUUCUUUUUUUCUGCAAAUAAUAAUUAACUUAGAAUUUCAUGGCUGCAACACGUGCCAAAGUAGUUGGGAAAGGGCAUGUUCACCACUUUGUUACAUGGCCUUUUCUUUUAACAACACUCAAUAAACGUUUGGGAACUAAAGAGACACAUUUUUUUAAGCUUUUCAGGUGGAAUUCUUUCCCAUUCUUGUUUUAUGUACAGCUUAAGUUGUUCAACAGUCCAGGGGUCUCCGCUGUCGUAUUUUACGCUUCAUAAUGCACCACACAUUUUCAAUGGGAGACAGGUCUGGACUACAGGCAAGCCAGUCUAGUACCCACACUCUUUUACUCUGAAGCCACGUUGAUGUAACACAUGGCUUGGCAUUGUCUUGCUGAAAUAAGCAGGGGCAUCCAUGGUAACGUUGCUUGGAUGACAACAUAUGUUGCUCCAAAACCUGUAUGUACCUUUCAGCAUUAAUGCUGCCUUCACAGAUGUGUAAGUUACCCAUGCCUUGGCCACUAAUGCACCCCCAUACCAUCACAGAUGCUGGCUUUUCCACUUUGCGCCUGUAACAAUCCGGAGGGUUCUUUUCCUCUUUGGUCCGGAGGACACAGUUUCCAAAAACAAUUUGAAAUGUGGACUCGUCAGACCACAGAACACUUUUCCACUUUGCAUCAGUCCAUCUUUAGAUGAACUCAGCCCCAGCGAAGCCAACGGUGUUCCUGGGUGUUGUUGAUAAACGGUUUUCGCCUUGCUUAGGAGAGUUUUAACUUGCACUUACAGAUGUAGCGACCAACUGUAGUUACUGACAGUGGGUUUUGAAGUGUUCCUGAGCCCAUGUUGUGAUAUCCUUUACACAUUGAUGUCGCUUGUUGAUGCAGUACAGUCUGAGGGAUCGAAGGUCACGGGCUUAGCUGCUUACGUGCAGUGAUUUCUCCAGAUUCUCUGAACCCUUUGAUGAUAUUAGGGACCGUAGCUGGUAAAAUCGCUAAAUUCCUUGCAAUAGCUGGUUGAGAAAGGUUUUUCUUAAAUUGGUCAACAAUUUGCUCACGCAUUUGUUGACAAAGUGGUGACCCUCGCCCCAUCCUUGUUUGUGAAGGACUGAGCAUUUCAGGGAAUCUACUUUUAUAGCCAAUCAUGGCACCCACCUGUUCCCAAUUUGCCUGCACACCUGUGGGAUGUUCCAAAUAAGUGUUUGAUGAGCAUUCCUCAACUUUAUCAGUAUUUUCCCAACUUCUUUGUUCUAAAGUUACUGAUUAUUUGCAAUAAAAAAAGUUUAUGAGUUUGAACAUCAAAUAUGUUGUCUUUGUAGCAUAUUCAACUGAAUAUGGCUUGAAAAGGAUUUGCAAAUCAUUGUAUUCUGUUUAUAUUUACAUCUAACACAAUUUCCCAACUCAUAUGGAAACGGGGUUUGUACAUGAAUGCUAGAAAAGGGUUUUGACCACAACCCCCAGGGGGCGCUACAAAUGUCAUGUCAUGUUCGGUUGCGUAAUAAAGUACAACUGCCAAUU